GAUCGGCUCGAUGAUACGGGGGCGCUGCUGCCGCGGAGCUGCAGACUUUGGGUCUGUGCCCCACAGUCCGUCCCCCUCCCCGCCUUCUUCCCAGGUUCCCGCUCCUUCCCCCGCCCUCACAGCACAACACGCCCAGAAGAGGUGCCCAGAGCUCCCCGGGAGCCACAGGUGGUGAAUUCUUGCUCUACUGGGAAGUAGAAAAGUGCUUCGUAGUAAAAAAAUAUGCCUCCCAAGUUCAAACGCCACCUAAAUGAUGAUGAUGUCACUGGUUCUGUGAAAAGUGAAAGGAGAAAUCUUUUGGAAGAUGAUUCAGAUGAAGAAGAGGACUUUUUUCUAGGACCAUCGGGACCAAGAUUUGGACCUAGAAAUGAUAAAAUUAAGCAUGUUCAGAAUCAGGUGGAUGAAGUUAUUGAUGUUAUGCAAGAAAAUAUUACAAAGGUAAUUGAAAGAGGGGAGAGACUAGAUGACCUACAGGACAAGUCAGAAAGCUUAUCGGAUAAUGCAACUGCUUUUAGCAACAGAUCCAAACAACUUCGAAGGCAAAUGUGGUGGCGUGGAUGCAAAAUAAAAGCCAUUAUGGCUUUGGUUGCUGUUAUCCUUUUGCUAGUGAUUAUCAUUCUUAUAGUUAUGAAAUACCAUACUUGAUUUGAUGAAAGAGAUCUUCAUUAAGCAAGAUCUGGGACAAUAAUAAUAAUAAAAGAUUGCUGCAUAAUUUAAAUGAAACCUAUGUAUAUACUUUUAAAACUUCUUUUUCAAGAAACUAAGAGGCAAAUAUUACUUUAAAUUGGAGCGUUGAGAAUGUCCAUCCAUCUUCUUCUCUCUUAACAAAAUAUGUUUUUAAUUAUUAUGUUUAAGGCAAAUAUAACCAGCCUCUAUUUUGCUAUAUUCCCAGGAUCUAAUUUGAAACUUGAUACUUGCCAGUUCAUUAUUUAUGUAUAUAGUUAAACACUGAUGAUGAUAAUUUAAUACUAUUAUUUUAAUGGCAUAAGGACUCGAAUUACUGCCUCAAGGUGGGGGUCAAGCUGGGGGGUCAGGAAAACUAUGUUGGCUACCAAAUCAUUAUACUUAAAAGAGAUGCAUAAUCAUUCUGUCAAUAUUUGCAGGGAGAUCAUUCCUCUCCUAUUACAAUUACUUUGCAAGCAAUUUCCACAUGUUUAUGGAUAUAACAAAAGCUAAAUGUUGUAAAUGUUGCUGCCUUCAGGUAUAACUAAAAA